AUGGCGGAUGGCAAAGCAGUUGAGGAAGUUGAAAAGAAAGAGACGACUCCUACUGCUGCUGGGAAUGAAAAGAAAAAGAGAAAAGGAUUCUUUUCUGGGUUUUUGAAUGGAUUUUUUAGGUUUUUUAGGUUACACAGAGAUGAUUUCGAAAAGCGCCUUCAACAUAUUUCUAAAGAGGAAGCUUCUAUUAUUGCUAGAGUCGCCAGGAGAUCGCGAUCAAGGAGACGCGUGUCCCGCGAUUUAAUCCUAUUUUCGGUUAUACUUGAGGUCAUUGCUGUAGGGUAUGCUAUUAUGACAACACGGUCAGUGGGUAUCGAUUGGAAAAUGAGGGCAAUCCGGGUGUUACCAAUGUUUCUUUUGCCUGCACUAUCAACUGCUGCUUAUUCAGCAUUUAUCAGCUUCACAAGAAUGUGUGAUCAAAGGGACCAAAAUAUUCUUGAAAAGCUUCGAGCUGAAAGGCAAGCAAAAAUUGAUGAGCUGAAAGAAAAAACAAAUUAUUACUCCACACAGCAGCUUAUUCAGAGAUAUGACCCAGACCCAGCCGCAAAGGCAGCUGCAGCAACCGUUUUGGCGUCUAAAUUGGGUGCAGAUUCUGGUUUUCAAUGGUACAUGGGUGAUGACUCCAAUCUCAGUGGUCCUUCAACAGGGAAAAGCAAUGAUGUUGAACUUGUGCAGUCCUCUGGACUUCGAAAUCGGAAACAAGCUCAAACUAGAUCCACUGGUACAGGGACAGCCUCACCAAAUUUUGCUGAUCAACAGUUAGUAGGUUCAGGUGGAUUCGAUCAAACCCAGGGGUCUGAGUAUAAUCAACCUACUGUUGUUGAACAUCAACCUCAAAGUUCAAACCCACAAGAUGGAGGAUGGAUUGCAAGAAUUGCAGCGUUGCUUGUGGGUGAGGACCCAACUCAAUCGUAUGCUCUCAUAUGCGGCAACUGCCACAUGCAUAAUGGUCUUGCUCGAAAGGAGGAUUUCCCAUUUAUCACUUAUUACUGCCCGCAUUGCCAUGCGCUGAACAAACCAAAGCAAUUGGACGGUGUCUCCAGUCUUCCUUCCCCUAAUUCCAGGUCUGUGCAAAUGGAUGAACGUAUAUUGGCCCUUCCUUCCUCUAAUGCAGCAGGUUCUGUGCAAUUGGAUGAACAUAUCUCGGGCCUUCCUUCCCCUAACGCUGGGUCUGUGCAAUUGGAUGAACACACCUCGGGGCUUCCUUCCCCUAAGGCAGGGUCUCCCAAAACAGGCGACAGUGAGGCAGUUUUAAAUGCUAGUGCUUCUGCUGCAGAGAGCACAAUCACAAGCGAUAAUCCCGUAAAUGAUAGCCUCGAGAUUGAGGAAGUAUCAGAAAGGACAAGUUUAGAGGAGAGAACUGAUUGA